GCGGGGGGCGCCGUGUGUGGGGCUGAGGGGCGAGGCGGGUGCCGUUUCCAGGGAAGGUCGCGGAAGCCCCAGGUUCCCAAUCCCGCCUGGCACCGGUCCGAGGGGAGCGGAGUCGUGUGCUGCCGCCCAGGGACCGAGCCAGGGUGGCCAGGCAGGGGGAGCCCCCAGUCUCCGGGAGAGCGGGCCGGGGCUGCGAUGCACACAGAGCAGAGCCGGCGGCAGCGCGCAGACACCCGGCAGCUCUGCCCUCGCGCCCCCCGCCAGCCAGCCAUACGGUACGCGCCACGCUGGAGAAGGGACGGGCUGAGCGCAGGUGCCCAGUCGGCGCUGCCCCGUGUGCCUGUGGGUUGGCCCCUCGAGUUACGUGGCGAUGAGGGUCAUCGCCUCUGGCUCUUUGGCUGAGUCGGGAGGUGCCAGUGUGUGUCCCCCACCCCGUUGCGUGGCUGGUAACCGCCCGGCCCUUCCACACGCACUGAGGGACCCUCACCCUGCGCCAGGAGCAACAAAACUUGGUGCUGGGGGGUGGGAGGGAGAAUAACGUUCUUGGCAGGUGAACGGAAAGUGACAAACCCCAGAAGGGCUUUUGCUCCAGAGACCCCGUGCACUGGUGAAUGGCGAAGCUCCCGCCCCCUGUCAGGGGUGAAGGCAGCUUUGUCCUCUCACUGUUCAGCCUUCCACAUUCCUCACCCAGCAGAACGGGGACCAGAGUCACUGAAAUCCAUCCCUAGGAGUUGGCGUGAUCUGUCUUCAGCUCCUGGAUCCUCUCCGACCUUGCCUGGUAGACCCCAGAUGGAAUAGUGCCGUUGGAAUACUCAAUCUCACGUCCAUGCAUGUCUCAGUGUUAUUUUUCUUUGUGUCUGGGCCCAAAUGAGAUGGGGAUAGGUGUCCCUUUAUUCCCUUUUAAAAAAAAACUUUUCCUGGUGUGUUGCUAAAAAGAUCAGUUUUGCUGCACAAAAUAAAUUGGAAUGAAAAUGGAGAACUUGUCUCAGCUCCCAAGAUGAGAGCCUGGGCCUUGAGGGAGAUUCUGCAGAGAACUCGGAGGCUGUUUCUUAAUUUUACAGAACUGUUAACCCUAGGAAGUUUUACAAUGUCCUUGUAAAAAAAAAUUUAAAAACCUUUAAGGAUGAUAGACCCAGAUUAUCCAUUACUUUGUAUUUCAGAAAUAAAGACAACAGUUCUACUAGUUUAUUAUCUAGUCUAUUAUUUACUAUCACUUAUCACCAGUAAGAGCAGUUAAUAGAAUUUGUGAGAAAGCUCAAAUUAGGUUGAUUACCAAGGUGAAAUCUUCAUUGAAUAUAUUUGUACUGGUCUGCCAAAAUAGUUUUAGUACUAGGAGCAAGCGAGAUAUCAGACUUCAGUAUCACAGUACUGAUUACCAUCUUCACUUCAGCUCAAACAGGAUUUUAGUGGAUACUAUCAAGAAAAAUGAGACCUAGAAACCAAUGGUAUGUCACCUGAAUGCCUGUCUACACUUUCAAUUGUUAUAGAAUAUUAAUCUUUUUCUUAAGCAGUUUGAGAUAUCAGAUGCUAAUAAUUGUAACGGAAGAAAAUACAAGGUGAUAAUCAGAAUUAUGUGAUAUGAAAGUCUGCCAGUGCCUAAAAUGAAUAAUACUGUUUAACAUGGAAGGAUGGAGAAUCCUCACUAGUUUGAUACAUUCAAGCUCUUUAAUUUUAAUUUUUCUUUUAGGUGGUCUUCAAAUGAAUCAGGCUGAUAAGUUUGGAUUCCCUUUCACUUCUAAAGUUGUUAAUAAAGUAAUAAAACGGAAAAAGGAAAAGUCUGAAGUCUUUCAUGGAGUGUUGAAAGUAAUUUCAAAAAUGCUUGAAGAAAAUGAAAAGUUUAGAGGCAGACUGUUGACUUGCAGUCAGUUUAAUACUGAAGGCAGUGAUGUGAACCAAAGCUCACAGAAUGAGGCUUCCUGCAUGGACAGAGAUGAGUCCAUCUUUGGAUGGGUGUAGCAAAGAAAUAAAUGAAGAUUCAGUUUCAAGUGUUGCAUUAAAUUAGUGUUCAUUUUAGAUCUGAUCUAACAUCCAUCUGACAUUAAUGAAAAGACUAACAAUGAUUUCAGUGAGCGUUGGAUCAGAGUAUAUAGUUUGUCUGUCUAGCAUUUUAGCUUGAGAGCUACAUUUUAAUAUGGGUUCAGUUAAACUUUUCAGUUACAGAGUAUUGUUUUGUUGAAAUCCUUAUUAAGCAUAAUAUAUCACUUAGUCAUUGCUAAUUUUUGCAGGCUUUUUAAUGAACAUAGUGAUGGUUUGCAUUCAAAAGAAUAGUAAUAUUUUAUGUUAAUUAUAUUAUGAAUAUAUAUGUUUUAUAAUCAGCAGCUUGUCAGAAUUGUUAACAAAUGUGUGUUUAGUAAA